GUGACAGAGCUGUGCUGUAAUUUGAGCGCAAACAUAUCCAAGGGAUAUCAUUAGCCAACCAAAGAGUGCAUGCCUUCGCUAUCCAGAUGUUGAAGUAGCAGAAGAGACGGCCAAAGACACUACAAAACCAUUGCUCAAUCCAACUUUCUACUCCUUCAAGCCUGAAAACAUCUUCGGUAUAUUAAACAGCCAAGAAAAAGAAAAAAAAAAAAAAAGAAAAAAAAACACGGACGUUUCAUCCUACAACCAUAGAUGUUGUUCAUCUUCUUGUUAUCCAGAGGAAUUAUUCUUAUCACAGAGGGCAUCAAGGUGGAAAAUAAUCUUAUAAACGGGCUCCUGUUUGUUUAACUUGGUUUUUUUUUUUGUUUUUUUUUUUUUUGUUUUUUUUUUUGUUUGUUUUUGUUUUUUUUUUUUUUUUUUUUUCAAAUUUGGAAAGCUAACAGGUUUUUGGUUUGACUUGUUUACUGGAAAGCCUUUUGGUAUUUUGCAAGCAAAUCGUUAUUAGAUAUUUUGAAACUGUGUGUUUAUUGAAAAUAAAAACCCUGAUAGCCUUUGAAAAGGAUUAUACUCGUUUUAACUAUAUUACAUAAACAAAUAAUACGCACACAGACACGCACACACACACACACACACACACACACACACACACACACACACACACACAAACUAAAACUUUUGAUAAUUACAAAAAUGUUUGGGUUUAAGUUGUUGUUGGCUGCAGGUAUUUUUCUGCUCCCCGUGUGCUGUGAUUUUUACAAUGGACCAUUCUUCCCAGAAAUGUCAAACGGGACUCUGCACCACUACUUCGUCCCAGAUGGAAAUUACGAGGAAAACGACGACCCGGAUAUCUGCCAGAUGCUUUUUAAAAUGACCGACCACAGAAAGUGUGGAAUGGAGCAAGACCAGGACUCGGUGAUCCUAGACGACUUUACCAUCAUAAAGCGACAGAUUGAGGAUGCCGGGCGGGUGCUGGAGGGGGUCGGCAAGGGCAUCUCGUACGAUUUGGACGGGGAAGAGAGUUACACCAUGUACCUGAGGAGGGAGACGUCACAGAUCGGAGAAGCAUUUACCAAUUCCGAGAAAUCUUUAAUGGAACUGGAGGUGAAGUUCAAGCAGAGCCAGGAAAACGAGCUGAAAGAGGAGCAUCGCAUUAAAGAUAACUUUUUGGACCUGAUGGUGCACACCCGCGGUGUCCUGACGGGCACGUUGGAGACCUCAGUCGGGUUAAAAGAUAAACAUGAGCUCCUCUCUUUGAUCAUAAGGAGCCACGGGACAAGGUUAAGCAGACUAAAAAACGAGUAUGUGAAAGAGAUUUCUUAACAACAUAAUAUAAUACACAUGUGCAAAAUAACACAGGUGCUAAGCAUGCUUCUAAGCAUGACUGCAUGCAAAAGUGUUUCAACUUUGGUGUAGAAAACAUGUAAUGCUUAUUCUCUUUAUUCGUCUGUCAAUAGUGUAGAGUUGCUAUAUUGCAUUCUUCUGUUCUGUCUAUAGGUUCAAUGCCAGAGUAAGACUUUCUUGAAGGUAAAAUGUUAUUCUAGGCCUUGGUUAAAGUGUUUGCUUUAACCCUUAUGCACCUGAUGUCACACUAAAAAGAAGAACAAAGUUAUUUAUUGUGCUGCAGCCAAUUUUUUUUUUCUUGUGUUAAACGUUAGAAAUGUGCUUAAUGCAGCCCUUUGUUUCGCUGAGUUUAUCUGCAAUAUGCAUGCAUGUUACUGUGUGAAAUACGAAUUUACCGUUCACUGCUAUUUUAGCACAUUUUAUCAGGCAGGCCGUCCUAAAAUAAAUAUACUCCGGUGACGAGGAAAGGCUUUAAUCGGCGUAUUUGUGUUAUUGGAAAAACACUUCUUAUGCCUCCGUUUCAGAAGAACAAUUCAACACUGAAUACAUCACGAGGUGCUGUAGCUGCAGUCCUGCGUGUGCAACGUGACCACAUGAGCAUUACUGCUAAGUAAACAAGAAAUACGAAUUCAUUAUUAGUUCUGAAGUACUUUAAAAAAAGAAACAUUAAAAAGCAACAGACAUGUCCAAUAGUAUGGACACCUGCGGCAGUGUGCCCCGCCCAUGUGUGAAUAUCGUGUUAUGUGUUGCGUGUGGUUUGUUAAUGAUGCACACAUGGGCGAGUCACACUGCCACAACACCAGUCUACAGACGCACUUCUUAUAUUUCAAGUAUUGCAUAACAUUUUAAUAUCCUUGGCCAACAUCUUAUACUAUAUAUAAAAUGCCAUUGCUAAGUUAUUGUAAUUUCUACCAAAGCUAAGUUGGUAUUCAGUGAGUGUAUUUCCAGAACAUAUACUGCAGAUGUCUUCACCCAACCAAAGCCUGAUUCAGAAGCCCUUUGGCCCAUAUUCACAAAGCAUCUUCCACCGUGCUUAAAUAAGAGAUGUUUUAUUUUUCUAAAAAAAGAAAAAAAAAAAAAGAAAGAAAACAAAGCUUAAAAAAUUAAGUCAGGAUGUUAAUUUAAGAGCCCCUGCUAUCUGUUUCUAGCUUGAUGUGCAACAAACUAGCUAUUUGUACAAAUAAAAUGUGGUGAAUGUUUUGCUUUGCUCAUUAGGAAAAUAAAAACGUAAUAAUUAAUUUAGACAAAACGCUUUGAUCUUGCUACAUUUCUUUUCAUAUGACUAUAACGCUUUUAUAAAUGAAAAUAUUGUAUAUACAUUAUAAUGUGAAAGAAAACUUUUGUUGUAAUACAAAUAGUUAUAUAAAUUAGCUUUAAUUUGUUUUAAUUUAAUGUUGUGACUGUAAGUUUAAUUAACACAAGAAAGGCAGAACUGUAAUAUUGUGUCAAAUGUUCUGAGUGUCCUAUACUCAUUCCUACUCAUGUUAUUGUUCUAUUCAACAUUAACACGAAUUAUUUCAAUCCAACAUUGAACGUUAUAGUUGCAUUGAAAGUGUAUUCUAUCCAUGUUAUUAUUUGUUGGAAUAAAGUUUUUCUUUUUUUACUGUA